CAGAAGAUGCAAGAAGCAACCGAAACGGAGCCGCAUCUGGCCGCCUGAGCAUGAUUUGCGGAGGUCACCGUCUCGAAUGACCGUUGACGGAAGAUCUUCAACUGACACGGCGCUCACGACUCGCCUCGAGGUCCAGCAGAGCGACAGAGUCCAGAGAGGCGAAAAGUGGACACCAACCCCGUCUCUUGUGACGGCCGCGAAACCAAAUUCGCAAGGCAUGUCUCAGUCUCGUACAUACUACAGCUUUCCUGCCCACGUCCGUCCUCGUCCGGCG